GUGUGUGUGUGUGUGUGUGUGUGUGUGUGUGUGUAAAACUGAGCACAAAAGGGCCUUAAGUGUUGGAUACUAAUUGGAGUGCCUCCGUACACAGACUUAGUCGCUUUUCAGGUUUCACAAAUCACAUUUAAAGCUCAUACCCUCUGACAUCCCAGUCUUCAAAACUACAGUGUAGAUCCACAAAUGAUACUGUCCUCUCCUCGAGGCCCAGAUUGAAAGUAGAUCUGGAACAAAUAGUUGAUAAAUCAGAAUAACACAAAGCUCAAUCGUGGAAUCGUGACUGUUGUGUUUGUCUUUAAUAUUCAAGAGAUUUUUAGUUGUUGUUAAUAGAAUAUUCUAUUCAUAUUCCUGUUUACGUGUUACAGCGCAAGAGUCUGAUUAUGGCGUUAUGCAGUUGGUAACUGCCGUACAUGUCACAAAAUGCUGCAAAAACUCCAUAUGACAUAAUAAUUGGACUAAAAUUGGAAAUCUCCACGUUUUAUAAUUGCUUAGCGAGAAUGACCUCAAUCGGGUUAAGGUUAUCAGAACAUGCUGUUCACAUGGCAGUGUCUUAUUCAGAUUAUUGUCUUAAUUGGGUUAAUAUCACAAUAUUUCGGUCCAUAUAAACAUAGUCACUGAUCUGCAGACUAAUCCAUAGGGAAAAUAAUCAUUCGUUGUAUUAAAUACUGAAGAUGACUGCGAUCGUGUUGCUAAAUUUCUGGCCCAGUUUUACCAGAUAUUGUUGCUCUUUUUGAACAAAAUACUCCCUGUUUAUGUCACUGUUGUUAUUUUAAAGUACUUGUGUUGCUCUCUUUUAUUUUUAAUUGAUCUCCUCAGUGAAGCAUGUGUACGCAGUGUUCCCUAAAUACUGCAGUAUUAUUAGCAGUAGUCGUGGCAGUGUUGUGGUUUUGAGUUUUAUCCGCUGAAUUUGUAUGCGUUGUACGAAUCUGACAAUAAUAAUUUGUUGUAAAUUUUUCCUCAGACGCACGCAGACACACACACACACACACAACCUUAAAACCUAUAUAAAAGAAACAAGACUCGACCCUCCUCAAGCAGUGUCUACUCGUUGGGGACCUUCAUUUUCGUCCCCACAGUGACACGAGCACCCACGGGUUAGUGUGCAUCCCGGUUCAUGUCCCGACAGGAAGGUGAAAACAAGCCCACACACACACACACACACACACACACACACACACACACACACACACACACACACACACACUGCAGAUGUUUGACAGAUGGUGCCUUUCUGUCUUCGCAGCCUGUCUCCUCUCCUAAUGAGAGCUGUUUCUCCCGAAAGCUCGUUUAAUAUGCUUCGUUUCUUUCCAGUCUCGUAGUCGCCCGUGACCUCCCCUGUGUCUUGUUAUUUCUCGCACUGUUCGUGUGUGCAGCCCUUCUAACACUUUGUGUGCUUCCUUGCACGUGAUUUUAUUCAAUUAGCGUCUUGUGCUGAACUGUGGUUUUUUCCCCCCCCUCACAGACGAAGCAGUGAAGACAACCACCCCAGCUCUGAGUAAGACCCUGCUCGUCUCUGAACGUCGGUCUGUGACUUACGGGUCGUGUGCAUUUACCUGUCGAUGAAAAAAUGUAGCAAAGUUAUUCACUCUCGGAUCGUGUCACCUUGUAAUGGAAGUGGAAAGUGCAGGGUCUCGCGUGUCAAAUUCAUGGCCCGUGUCGUAUUCAAACAUGCCUUUCAUCUAAACCUCAAAGGUAACCUGUGGGAUUGUGUUGCAGCUAUGAAGGCAGCCGUUUUGAUCCAGCGAUGGUACCGGCGCUACAUUGCCCGUCUUGAGAUGAGACGCAGGUACACGUGGAACAUCUUUCAGUCGAUCGAAUACGCCGGAGAACAGGAUCAGCUACAGCUCUCCAGUUUCUUCAGUUUCAUGCUGGACAACUUCACUCAGCUGAAUGGAAAUGGGCCAGACCUGAUCUCCCAGCUCCUGGACCCGCUGGUCGACCCCUGGUUGGACAGAGAGACCUGCUACAACCAGAUCCAUGUUCCAGAGUCGUACACCGGGCCCCGGCUGUCGUUUCCUCUCUCCGUCUCAGACACCAGCGCUCUGCUCAGUGCGUUUAAAGAGCAGCAGACUCUACACGCCAGAUAUGCUCUGCAGCUGCUGUACGAGACCAAAAAACUGCUGAAACAGAUGCCCAACAUCAUCCACUUGUCAACAUCCUACAUCAAGGAUAUCACUAUAUGUGGUGAUCUGCAUGGUCGGCUGGAUGAUCUACUGCUCAUAUUUUACAAGAAUGGCCUCCCCUCCGCGGACACGCCAUACGUGUUCAACGGGGACUUUGUGGACCGCGGGAAAAAGUCCAUGGAGGUGGUCAUCCUGCUGUUCGCCUAUCUUCUGCUUUACCCCGACUCCAUGCACCUGAACCGAGGAAACCAUGAAGACCACAUAAUGAACCUCAGAUACGGGUUCACAAAAGAAGUCAUGCAGAAGUACAAGACUCACGGCCAUGAGAUGCUCAAGCUGUUCCAGGACAUAUUCAGCCUUCUGCCGGUCGCAACGGUCAUCGACGGGAAGAUCCUGAUCGUCCAUGGAGGGAUAUCGGACCAGACUGACCUGGACUUUCUCAGCUCCAUAGAGCGGCACAAGGUGAAAUCCGCCCUGAGGUUUCCCAGACACAGUGUGGGGCAGCUGGACAUCGGUCAGUCCUGCAGACAGGCAAAAAGAACGAGAUCCACAGACGCCUCUCGUCCCAGCAGCAGUCGGAGCCAAAGCAAGAACCAAGGAACGCCCAGUCUGAGAAAUAGGAGAUGUGGGCUGAGUCGAAAAGACAGCGCCGCCUCCAAUUCCUCAUCGUCGUCGUCCUCAUCGUCCUCUUCCCUCUGCUCGCCUCGAACUCCAUCCUGCCUCUCGCCUCGUCCGUGCCCGUCUUCUCCCGGCAUGCCUUAUACCAUCAACGUCCUCCAGGUGCCUUUCCUGGACUCUCUGUCCUCUGUCCCCGCUCCCUCACCUGCACAACACGAACGGGAGUGGAAACAGAUAGUGGAUAUAUUGUGGAGUGACCCCAAAACCCAAGAAGGCUGCAGUCCCAACACAUUCAGAGGAGGCGGCUGCUACUUCGGCCCUGACGUCACCCAGAGACUGCUGCUCCGGCAUGGACUCCAGCUGCUCAUCAGGUCCCACGAGUGCAAACAGGAGGGAUACGAGCUCUGCCACGGCGGACAGGUGAUCACUAUUUUCUCAGCAUCAAACUAUUAUGAGGAGGGAAGCAACCGUGGCGCCUACGUCAAACUGGGCAGAGAACUGGUGCCCCGCUUCUACCAGUACCAAGUCAGCCGCUCGACACGCAAACUCACCCUGACACAGAGAGUACGAGCGGCUGAAGGCUCCGCUCUCAGGGCCUUGAAGGAGAAGCUGUUUGCCCAUCGCUGCGAGCUGAUGGCAGGAUUCCUGCAGUGCGACCAGAACAACACCGGUAGCGUGUCAGUCAGUGAAUGGGCUCAGGUGCUGGAGUCUGUGCUGAGACUGGACCUGCCCUGGAGGACUCUCCGUCCACACUUGACCCGUCUGGCACCAGAUGGCAGUGUGGAUUAUCCGUCCUGCUUCGAGGACAUGGGACCAGGGAAUCCUCUGCCUCAGGUCGCUCCAAACUUGGCUGAAACUCUGUUCCGAUACAGGACAGACAUCGAGAUAAUAUUCAACAUAAUAGACAAAGACCACUCAGGUCUGAUCUCCGCCGAGGAGUUUCGUCACACCUGGCGUCUUUUCAGUGCCCACCUGGGCGUCGACAUCAACGACAGAGCCAUUGAUGACCUGGCGCGCAGUAUCGACUUCAACAAGGACGGCAGUAUCGACUUCACCGAGUUCCUGGAGGCCUUCAGAGUGGUGCACAAGCUGGACAGCAAGGAUCAGCAUCUUAGUGGGAAGAUGGACGGAGAGAAGUGUUAGUGAAGGGAGGAAUCUGAAUACUAAAUUGUGGAAGUCAAUGAUCAUCAUGUGGAACUUCAUAUCCUGAUAAAUGGGGAAAAAAAUCCACCUCAAAAUACUUGAGAUUUGAUGAUGUACUUUAUAGUACGGGGUCAAAUUAGGGUCGAAAAGGUUUUGAGCUUGUAAAGUGAUGUUCACACACACACACAAAAAAAAUCCAAAGUUUGCAGUUGUAAAUCAACCUUUGUAACCCUGUAAGAUACAUCUGCAGUUUGUACCUGUAUAAAAAAAAAAGGAUUUGUACUUUUAGAAAAUAUUUGUUUUUGUAAAAGUGCAUGUGUAGAAAGCUUUUCUAUUUGUUAAGGAAAGAGUGUGAAUAAAAUCUGUGCAUUUGA